GCGGCGGCGGCGGCGGCGGCGGCGGCGGCGGCGCGAUGGCGGCGGCGGCGGCGGCUGCUCCUGGGCCCAGUCCGCAGCGCGUGGGCUUCGUGGGCGCGGGCCGCAUGGCCGAGGCCAUCGCGCACGGCCUCAUCCGAGCAGGAAAAGUGGAAGCACAGCUCGUGAUGGCCAGCGCACCAUCGGACAGGAACCUCUGUCGCUUCCAGGCCCUGGGCUGCCAGACCACCCAUUCUAACCACGAGGUGCUGCAGACCUGCCAGCUGGUCUUCUUUGCCACCAAGCCCCAUAUCCUGCCCUCCGUCCUGACAGAGGUGGCCUACUUGGUCACCUCUGAGCACAUCUUGGUGUCCGUGGCUGCAGGGAUCUCGUUGAGUACCUUGGAGGAGCUGCUGCCCCCCAGGGCACGGAUCCUGCGGGUGUCACCCAAUCUGCCCUGUGUGGUCCAGGAGGGAACCAUGGUUAUGGCACGGGGCCGCUACGCCAAGAACAGUGAUGUCCAGCUCCUGCAGACCUUGCUGGAGGCCUGUGGGCAGUGUGAGGAGGUGCCUGAGGCCCACGUGGAUAUCCACACUGGCCUCAGUGGCAGUGGUGUGGCCUUUGUGUGCGCCUUUUCUGAAGCCCUGGCUGAAGGUGCCGUCAAAAUGGGUAUGCCCAGUGGUCUGGCACAUCGCAUCGCUGCCCAGACUCUGCUGGGGACAGCCAGGAUGCUGCUGCAGAGUGGUCAGCACCCAGCCCAGUUACGGACAGACGUGUGCACGCCUGGUGGCACCACCAUCUAUGGCCUGCAUGCCCUAGAGCGGGGAGGCCUGCGGGCAGCCACCAUGGACGCAGUGGAGGCUGCCACUUGCCGGGCCAAGGAGCUUAGCAGGAAGUAGGCAUGAGGCAAGGCCUAGCCCCAUGUACACACCCACUUCUCACCCUCGCCAGCUUCCCGAGUGGGAUGGGUGGGGAUGAGUUAAAGAUCCUUCUCUGGGUCCAGGAGAGGCCCUGGCUAGCAGGAUGUAGCCUGCAGAGCCCGGAAGGCGCUAUAGGCAGUACCGCUGGAUCUCGCCUCAGUGUACCUGCCCCAGGGGUAGCCCUUCUGACCUCCUGGUUUCAGUCCUCCUGAGAUCUAGCCUGUCCUGGUAAGGGUAAUAAAGACACUGUCUAGGCAUGGGUGA